AUGUCCGAAUCAACCUAUAUCCAGGAAAUCAACAUAUCAUCUGGUACGACCCAUUCUCGAGUUGUAGUCGACUGGCAGAGAUUGAGAGACGUCGAUAAUUGGAAAGUACUGUCCAUUGUACGAUACAAACCAUUCUGGAUUCAACCUCAGCUCCAUCUCGCCCUCUCUUCGCAUCCCCACAUGGCAUCCCACUUACUCCUACUUAAAUCAAAUGAUGAAUCAUCCACACUAGUGGUAUAUCCAGUUUCGACUCUGAAUGUCAACCAUGUACUGCUCGUUGAAGACGGACAAAUCAAAUCGAACAUCAAUAGAGUGAUCCCAACCAGUAAAGAAGAGAAAGUCUGGGUAGUAUGCUAUGAAGCUAUAGGACCUAUCGAAGAAAGAAGAUCAGUGAGGAAAGUAAUAGAUAUUGCUAGAGAUCUAGUUGGCUCCACCACAAGGGCUGAUGAGGUGAAGAAGAAGAAAGAUGAUUUGUGGGAUGGAUUGGGUAUAUGUACAUGGGAGAGUUUCUUCGAUGAAGAUGGGAAACGAAUUCGACCCACUAAAGAUCUCCUUCUAUCCCUCAAUCCCUCCGAUCUGCCUAUCAAGACAUUCCUGAUUGAUGAUGGAUGGCAAGAUACCCUUUCUAGUUCUACCCAUCGACGACUCACGUCAUUUAAGCCUUAUGAAGAUUUUGGAGGAACACUGAAAGAGGUGGUAGCUGCUAUCAAAGGUAGAGGAGUAGAGAAAGUCGGAGUAUGGUUGACCCUUCAAGGAUAUUGGGAAGGUAUACAUCCUUCUUCGUCACUCAUCGAAAAAUACAACUGUGUAGAGUAUAGGAAAGGAAAGCCGAAUGGAGGUUUGGAAGACGAGGGAGAGGCGAAUGGAGAUACUAUCUGGUUACCUCCUCCUAGUGAGGCGAAGAGGUUCUGGGAUGAUUGGUUUGGGGAGUUGAAAGAGGCUGGAAUUGAUUUUAUCAAGUGCGACAAUCAAGCGGAUUCAGAGAUGGCGAUUGAUCCCAGAGGCUUUCACGCUCAACAAUCCUUAUGGUCCACAAUGCUUGAUUCGGCUCAAAAUCAUUUUGGUAUACAAGGAAUUAUCAUGUGUAUGGCGCAGAAUGAGAGGAUGUUGAAUGGACCUGGGGGGUUGGACUUUGAUAGACCGAAAGGAGAUUUAGUAUUCCGUAACUCCGAUGAUUUCAAUAUGAACUACUCCAACACCCACCCCGAUCAUAUCCACUUCAACGCUUAUAAUACCAUCCUCACCUCGCAUCUAUCCUUGAUACCGGAUUUCGACAUGUUCGCAUCUUCCCCUUCUGAUCUACUUCCCACGUAUCAUGCUCUCCUAAGGGCACUUGGUUCUGGUCCGAUCCUAUUAUCGGAUACCCCCCAUAAUCCCUCCGAUACGGAACUCAUAUCCAAACUGAUUGCUAGAACUAAAGAUGGUAAGAACAAAGUGGUCAGGUCACCUCUUCCAGUCCAGGCAUUAAGUAAUAGAUGGUUCUUGGACAACCUCAAGGGGGAUGCCGAUGGUCCUGCACUCGUGGCUGGAUGCCAGUUUGAUGAAGGUGUUGGAGGAUUGAUAGGAGUGUGGAACGUACAUGAUUACUCGUCCUGUGCAAUUGCCAAAGAUGAGAUCACAUGGAGGGAUAUAGAAGAUCUUAUGGAUCUAGAGGAAUGCGAUGGCGGUGAAUACUGUUUGUCUACACCUUUGAGACUGUCGAAAGAUGGCGAUACUACAGGUGGUAUUGUAACCUCCAGUAAUAGAGGGUAUCUCGAUGUUAGGUUGGAGAGAGGUGGAUGCGAAUUAGUAUGUGUUAGUAAGCUCUACUCAUUAAAGGGAUAUAAAUUGGGGUUGGUGGGAUUGAAGAAUAAGUUUGCUUGUAUGAGUGGAUUGGGGGAUAUCAAAGUGGAUCAAGAGAAAAAUACACUUGAGUUCACUUCGAAUUACAUCUCAGAGGUAAUCACCCUGAUCGUCAUCCGAGAUCAGCUCAUCCGAGAUCAGCUCAUCCGAGAUGACAAAACAGGCGUCAAUUUGUACGUCGAUGACGUUCCUGCUCACUGCAGUCGAGAGGUUGCGUUGGAUGAUGGAAAGAACGGUACAUCCCAUUUGGUAGAUUUCGGUAUUCCCGAGACGGUGUUGUCAGGACGUGUUAGUGUAAUCGGUCAAGGCGACCUUUGGAAACUUCAAGUUGUAGUUUUGACUUGA